AUGCCUUUGAAAGGAAAAGCGUUGUUUGCUGCUUCUACUACUUUAGCUGCCACUGGGUUUUUACUCUUUGGUUAUGAUCAAGGUGUCAUGUCUGGUAUCAUUACAAAUGAGGAGUGGUAUAAAUUAAUGGGACGACCUAAUGAUGCUACUAUUGGUGCCGUGGUAGCUCUCUAUGAAAUAGGAUGUAUGUUUGGGGCCCUUUCUUGCGGUAAAAUAGGUGAUUGGCUUGGACGAAAGAUGACCAUCCGUGUAGGUUCCGUUAUUUUGAUCAUUGGUGCUGUUAUCCAAACUGCUACUCAAGAUUUAGCCAUGUCCAUUGUUUCCCGUAUCAUUACUGGUGUUGGUAAUGGUAUGAUCACUGCUACUGUUCCUGUUUACCAAUCUGAAAUUGCUCCACCUCAUUCAAGAGGAGCUAAUGUAUGUUAUGAAUGUACUUUACUUGUGGUUGGUAUGUCAAUUGCUUACUGGCUUGAAUUUGGUCUAUACUAUGUUGGUGGUGAAUUUGCUUGGCGAUUCCCCUUAGCUUUCCAAAUUGUCUUUGCCUUGAUUCUUCUUGCUGGUACAGCUAUUCUUCCUGAAACUCCUCGUUGGUUGGUAUCUAAAGAUCGAAAUGAAGAAGCAAAAGUCGUUCUGGCUCGCUUAUGGACGAAUGAAGAUACAACUCAUCCUCGAUGUGUAUCUGAAUUUGAAGAAAUCCGUGAUGGUAUUGAAUUAGAACGUCGUUUAGGUAUUUCUUCUUAUAAGGAACUAUUUAGCAAAGGUCGAUUCAACAAUAGAUAUCGUGUCCUUAUUGGUAUGCUUAGUCAAAUCAUUCAACAAUUAUCUGGCAUCAACGCAACUACUUAUUAUUUGACCUCAGUGUUCAAACAAGCUGGUUUCAGUACACCUAUGGCUAUGAUGUUUGGUGGUGUGGAUACAGUCGUAUAUGGUAUUGGAUCAUUAUUACCUAUCUUCUUUGUGGAAAAAGUGGGUCGUCGACCUAUCAUGUUAUGGGGUCUUGUGGGACAAGCAGUGACAUUGAUUUGUUUAGCAGGAUGUCAAAAAGCAGGGGAAGAUUAUAUAAGUGGUAUUAUCUCUACUCCUGGUGGUCAAGGUGGUGCUGCAGCUUUCACCAUGUUAUACAACUUUGUGUUUGGUGCAUCUUGGCUUGGAAUGGCAUGGCUUUAUCCAGCAGAAAUCUUCUCUACAGCAAUGCGUGCUAAGGGUAACUCAAUGAGUACAGCAGCCAACUGGCUUGGUAAUUUUGUGGUUGCAGAAAUCACACCUAUAUUGUUUGGUAGCAUUCACUUUUGGACCUAUAUCUUAUUUGCCUUCCUCAAUAUAUUGUUUAUCCCUAUGGUAUACUUUUGGUUCCCUGAAACUAAAGGUUUGACUUUGGAACAAAUCGAAAUCUUGUUUGCUACUGAUGAUGUCAAGGCAGACGCUCAAUCUAUUCAAGAACAUCAUCGUGAACAUCAUACAGAUCCUAAUAAAGCCCUUGAUGUGGAAAAGAUAGAAAUCACUGCUCAAGAUAAAGUGGAAAAGCAAGAAUCAUCUAGCGGAAGCAACUCGGACUCUGGAAAUGAAGUGGACAAGACAGUGGAUGUCAAUAACGAAAAACAAAAUCAAUGA